GUCACGUGAUGAACGUCACCCGCUCCCCUGAAAGUAAAUGAGUAAAUUGUGAAGUCAGCAAGAUGAUGCGGAGACCGAAAUUAGGGUGUUCCUGAUCGCGAUAACCUGCAUAGCCUGUAGCUACAACAGGUGACAUGUUUCAAACUCACAGCUUUACCCAACAUAGAAAUGCUUGUAGCAACUGUUAGUAUACCCGAGCGCCUACGCAUGUGCCUCAGUAAUCCGCACGAAUAGUCAGAUAAUCCAGGCGUCUGCAGAACGGCGUCUACUGACGCCAUUGAAACCUGGCGUCCGCCGGGACCGCAUCAUGCAGUGAAUUAUUCGUCUGCACGCUCUUAAACAAAGGAUGGAGGUGGAAGCUCAUGUUGAUAAGGACUGUAGUGCCCUCGGGGGUCUUUUCCAGUACAUCAUUAACGACUUGAAGGGAGGAACUCCAGUAUGGGAAGAUUUCUUAGCAAAGGCCACCAAACUUCAUUCCCAUUUAAAGAUGACCGCUUCAGUGUCCGCAGCAUUUCUCGAUUCUUUCCAGAGGGUGGCAGACAUGGCCACCAACACAAAAGGAGCAACCAAAGAGGUUGGGAAAGCACUGACUCGUUUAUGUCUCCGUCACAGAAGUGUAGAGGCCAAGCUGAAGUCCUUCACGGCGUCCAUCAUGGACCACCUGGUGGUGCCACUGCAGGAUAAAAUGGAAGAUUGGAAAAAAAUAGCCCUGCAGCUUGAUAAGGAUCACUCAAAAGAGUUCAAGAGGGCCAGACAAGAGAUUAAGAAGAUAUCAACUGACACACUGCGGCUGCAGAAGAAAGUAAGAAAGGGUUCAAAGUAUGACAUGCAGAGAUCCUUAGACAGUGCUAUACAAGAUGUGAGUGACAAGUAUCUGCUACUGGAAGAAACUGAAAAGCAAGCUGUCAGGCGGGCUCUCAUCGAAGAACGCAGCCGCUACUGCACGUUUGUGUCCUGCCUAAGGCCUGUUGUGGAGGAAGAACUGCAGAUGCUGCAAGAGAUCUCUCACCUCCAGGAGAUAGUGGACUGCCUUACCAAAAUGACCGUUAAUCCUCAGCAUUUGCCCUCUAUGAGCGAGCAAGUAAUUGCAGAUCUCAAGGGCUCUGAUGGAUCCUGGGCAUUCCAGACUCCACCUAGCUCCCCUAGCUCUCUGGGUUCUCGUAAGUCCAGUAUGUGCAGCAUCAGCAGCUUCAACAGCUCUUCAAGUAGUAGCAGCAAAUCUCACUCUCCUUCUCACCAGUUUCGCAGCAGGUCCCAGCAACCCACUGCUGGUCCUGCAUUGCGUCUGUCCAGCGUAUCAUCCCAGGACUCUGGUUUCACAUCUCAGGACACGCUGUUCAUGCGGCCACCCUCACCCCGUUCCACUGAGAGGGCUGCCCAGGUGCCUGGACUCUGUGACACAAAUGGAGGUGGGCUCUCUCUUUCUGCUUGUACAUCAAGCACUCCAGCUUCCCCAUUUCCUGCUACUCCGUCGGUGACCUCUACGUGGCCCAAUCUGCAAGACACCUUGCAGUUUGAACGAGCCAUCAACUCUGUCAUGAAGAGCCAAAGGCCGCACACAAUUUCCACUGCAUAUGAGCGUGCUGGCCAUCAAAGCCGCCCUGCACUGAGAGCAGAAACUUUUCAACCACUGGAAGGAGAUCUGUUGACUGGAUCUAAUCACUCUGGAAGUGCAGACACCCUGACUUCUACGUCCGGUGACAGUGCAGAUGACUCUAGGAUGCUAUUGAUCCCACCGCCCCUUGCUGAGGGUACCCUGCAGAGUGUUCCACCUGUGCCUGAAUGUAGUCCUCUUGAAGACCACUCCCUGAACCCACCCGGACAAAUGAAUGAUCAGUCAACUGCGACAGUCCCAGAUUUUCACAAGCCUGUGUUAGAACAAGUCAUUCCGCAGCCCAUCUAUGUCAAUGCCGAGGACUUGGGAUCGCAUACCCUUGAAGAAAGGAGACCAGAGUCACCGCCCCUCCCACCUCCUCCUCCACCUUCUGUUGAUGAAGUAAAUCCAGUAAAAGCCACAACAUCUCAUACAGUCCCACCAGCACGUAAUGAAUAUGCAAGGAGGGAAGACAUCUACAAGACAUACUCCCCAAGCAGCUCUGUUUCACGAUUUGAAGGCCUGUCAGGAUCUUCUACGCUUCCUCCCAAGUUGAAUGCACGGCGCAACUCUCAACCUCCACCUCCUCCACCCGUCAGACGAACUUCCUCAAUAACAUCUCAGAACACUGUGAGUACCACUCAGCGAAGCAGUCAUUCGGACUCUGCAGUGGGCCAAAAAGGCAGCAACGCUUCAGACAAUGCCUCACAAGGUGCAAACCAUGCCAAACUGAUCCAGGCACUAAAUGCCCGUUUCUCGAAGCCAGCUCCCCUGGAACAAGCUGGACUGAGAUUUUCACUGCCAUCUUCACGAAUCAUAGCUGAAGCUCUUGAUGCAGAGUGUCUCCCUCUUCCACCACCUCCGACACAGCUAGACCAUGAGGGAACACACCUGCCGUGCCCACCUCUGCCUGAACAGAUUGUAGCCGUGGAAUCUGAAACACCUAAGAAACAACUACAUCCAGAGAAAAAACUCUUUCGGGCACACACAAUGGGCUAUGGUGAACGAGAUGCUUUGGUGGCUAGCCUUAAUGCAAAGUUUACUCAUGAGCCAGAAGUUCAAGACCUUAAGCUGGAUGGGAGAGCACAUCAAGUAUCAAGGAAAACAUCACUCCGUGAGACAACGCUGCGGACAAGCCCAAAUUCAGCUGUGAAAGAUUCAUUUAAGGCCAAUCUAGAGCAAACACUAAUGAAACGUGAACCGAAACGGGACUCACUACCCAGGAAUAGCUGCACCGAGCCCCGACGUAGCCAGUCCGUUGGGCCAACAGGAAAGUCAACAGAAAGGAGGCAGUUCCUUGACACAUUGAACGCUCGGCUUGCUGAGCAGCAGCGAGGAUCAAAAACAUCUCCGCGGAGAGGCUCACUCCAGCCAGAAGCAGAGUUUGGUGGAUUGCACCAAUCAUCACGUACAAACAAAGCUGUGAAAGUGCACAACUGGUUGGCAGGAAGAGGAUCGGUAGACUUGACUGCCUGCCGAGAAUCCCUUAUGGACCAGAUAAGGCGAGGAGCAUCACUGAAGAGAGUUUCUGAGGCAGGUGAUGGGGAACCAGCUUUACAACACCUGUGACACUACUUAGUGGUUUUUAUCUGGCACAUCUGAAGUCACAGCAUUGAAACAACUGCUAAAGUACUACACAGUGGAUGGGGACUUUUGAGUUGUCGCAGAAAAGUUCACUUGCACACCUGCAUUUAUUUGGGACGAUUUACCAGAAAAAGCUUUAAAAACAUUGACAUUAGAAAAAGGUGACAGCAGCAGCAUUUAAUUUAAUUUAAAAGCUUCCUAUGGACAGAAAGGCUACGGUACAUUCUGUUGAUACACAAUUCCAAAUCUAGCUUUUCUCCAAUGUUGUUGCACCAAAAAAUAUCAAACAUCAGAUCUGGCUUUUGUUUAGCUGUGGCAGCUGGAGAUGCAGCAUAUAUAUUGUAGAGGAAUGUAAACUUGGCAUUGGUCAUUCAUUAUUCAUGAUCCUUGUAAUCUAUCAGGCAUAGUGAACUUUUGCUGUUUCUUCAAAGAGGUCAUCAUAUAGUAUGCCAGUUCUUACCAUAGUAUAGCCAGGCUGGCAAAAUGAAGACCGUACUACACUUUGAUAAGGAAGUUAGGUACGAUGUUCUUACUUAGAAGUGAAACCGUUGCAGUUUAUUCAGGUUUUGGUGCUUGAAACAUUUGUUCUAUUUGAAAAAUAGAAAAGUUUGUUUGAAAAUUUUGUUCUAAUUCUACAGCUUUUAAGUAGAAACUUGGUUUGUUUUAGUGGAGCUGGUGCCAUUUCAUUUUUGUCACCUUGAUCACACUGUAGGGAUGCUAAUGGUAAUUGUAUGCCAACAUUACCUGCAUAUUUAUUUUUUCAGAGAUUUACAGUGAAAAUUCAGAACUGUGUAGUGCUGAAGCAACUCUUAUGUUAGUAAUGUAAUCCAUGGCUCUUUAACCGACUUCUAAUCUGUACCAUGUGCCAUCAAUACAUCAAGUGCAGUAUGUGCAAGUACUCAGUGAUUUUGUUUUUGUAGUCUUGAAUUGAGUGUCCAUGUGCUGUGGUAUAGCGUUAAUGUAGCAAAAAAGGUGUUUGGUGUAGCAAGCUGUUUCCACAAAUUAUUCACUAAACUUUAGUCACAGUGAUGUGGCUUCAAAUAAAAGUCGCAUCAUUUGAGUUUG